GUAGCGUUCAAGUUCUUAUGCUCCGUCUUAAACAUUUCUUGAGCGCUUCACCGCGAGAGUGGUCGGGAAAGAAAUGUUGAAUUCCGAGCAUAUUGUGUAAAUAAUACAUAUGUACUGAGCGACGAUUAAUAGCGACGACUAUUAAUGAUUGUAAUUGGUGAAGUACGAUUAAUACGUAUGUACGUGCGUGUGUGUAUGUGUGUGUGUAUGCACGGGUGCGUAUGUAUGUAUGCGAGAGUGUGCGUCAGAUCGCGGAGCGAAGAAUAGCGACUGUUAGUGUCAUAAUGCUACUCUCUACGAGGCAUAAUUCUGAAUUUUCAUGAUCGUGAGAUCCUUAUCGAAGUCCUCCAUUACUUAGCAACUGCGACGCGCACUUGUUGUUUUUGUUGUUAUUAACUCACAACGAACCGCGGCGACGCGCUGUCCGCGUUGUCUCUCUUUUACGAGAUAAUUGUAAUGCGUUAUAGUUGCUGAGACGAAAUAUCAAAGGUAUACACACUCCGAUCCUCCGGCACUUCGAUUUGUAUCUGUAGUGAAAUCUUGCUUUCAUUACUCCACUCUCGAUACUUCCGCGCGAUUUAACUCUGGGAUCUGCGGAGUCAUCUGAGUAGUUGAGGGGGAGUUCCUUAGAGUUUCAGGGAUGUUUUUAACCUUGGUGUGAUUACAACCUUCCAUUUUUCUGGACCUUUGCCACUGCGGUUUUCAGAGUAUGCAUUUUGACAUCUCCGAAUUAGGUCCCUCGGGACUUUCAUUCUUUUCGAUUUAGAUACUUCAGCUUGAAACUCUUAUCCCCGAACUCUCUUUCUCUCUCUCUCUCGUGACUUUCUUUUUCGUAUUUCCAAAUGUCCUCCGGGUAUUUUAAUCGAUCGAUUCGUAAUCCCCUUCGGAUCAUCAAUCUGUUUCAUUCUUCUAGGAUUCCUCAUUGUUCCCUCAACCGGAUUCAGAUCUUCGUGUCCUUUAUAACCUGCCCGACCUUUCAGAUCCUCAACUUCUGGAUCCUCGUUUAAUUUCCGUUUUCUAGGGACGGACUCUUCGCAAAACCGACUGAUUUACCGUAAGUUUUUGUAGCCGAUUUCCGACUAGAUUUCACUUAACCACGUAACUUUGAGCGAGCGCCUCAUACACGAUCUAACUAAUUGCAAAGCGAUUAGCAAAAUUUCUCAAAAAUUGCAACUUGUAUACACCAUCUACUUUGGCAUACGCUCGCCGACACUUCGGUUAUGUGUGUCGUUGCGCAGGUAUAAUCGUAUCAUAAAAAUAACUGCGCGAAACGGCAUGCACCGAAGCGAAAGCUAUCGGUGAGCGUUUAUGAAAAAAUUGUCGUUUCUCUAUGGUGAAGCAGGAUCGUAGGAGAAGAAGGGUGCUUCUUAAGAUUUGACAUUAGCAAUGUACACGACUUGCUUAAUCGCCAAUGACGAACGUAACGUACGUUGAGUUUACAUUACUCUGGAAACAUAUUGAUAACGUUCCUUUUCUCUUUUUUUUUUUUCUUUCGAGAAUUGCAGUCGCACGUUUUUUCCCGUUAGUUUCCGUUAGAUCGUGUAUGAUUUUGAGUCGUGUAUAUGUCCCCAUUGAUUUGAGAUUGUUGCUCAUAAAUGGGAAGAUGAUUAGAGUAACGAAGGAGCGAUACGAAGAUGAUGGCGAUGAUGAUAAUCAUCGUCGAAGACGAUGGUGACGAUGAUAACGAUGGUGUUACAUGCGAAACGGCAGCUUUUUAAUAUGUCUACGAAAAGUAUUGUCAACAAAUACUCUUGAACGUUUUAAUUAAAAGUAAUUCGUACAAUAUGUCAAACUGGAUUUUUUCGUCAUUUUCGGCCCUUAUUAGCAUUUAACGCAUGUUGGUAGUGUCUCUAGCUGUGAUAAAAGUCGCCUCGUGGAGUUGCUUAGAUACUCUUGUUUGAUCAAUAUAGUGUUAUAAAGCGAACAAGAAAAGAAGUUGCGAAUCGAGAAUCGGCUGGAUUAUUUAUAAAAUUUCGAGGUAAAAAUCAUGCCGACGAUAAUCGUCAAGAAUCACCAAUGGCGUCAGACAGAAAGGAAGAUAAUAAUUCACGUGCCUCUGAAAGCCCCACCUAAGAACGUGGAUUUGUUUGCUACGGACAAUUAUGUUAAGAUUAACUCCCCUCCCUUUAUCUUGGAGUUAUUUUUAUGGGGGAACGUGCGCGAACAAGAGAGUGAAUGCGUUUUUACGGAUAACGGAGCUACUUUUUCUUUGCAAAAAGCAAACGUGGGCCAGGACUGGCCACGUCUCGAAAUAGAAAACCUUAGUAAAGAGCAAAAACUUGAUUUUAGAAGGCAAAUUUUAGAAAAAGCGCAAGACCUUGCGGAGAAUCGUGCGAAAUUUAAGAGAGAGAAACGUCAAUAUCUUCAAAAAGAAGCCGUUAAAACACAGAUUAAUUUGGACACUCGGACGUUAAACAAGAUAGAAUUUUUAAGAGAUGCUCAUCGAAAAACUGCGAUGCAGGAGUUCGAAGAUUGGCGACGUGAUCAUGAAAUACCGAUUCUUCAGAACAUAUCCGGCAAGGUGCAAAAAAAUAGAAAAGAAUACAGGCCACCACUUCAGUGGUUCAAAAAUGACUCCGGUACCGUACGGUUUGUGGAAGUAAACGAAAGAGCAGAAGCAAAAGAAGCAAUAAAUGUGGUGGAAAAGCAGCGACGUGAACCUGUCGUCAUAGGAGAAUUGGAGAAAAAGCCGAUUGUUGAAGAAAGCAUGAGAAAAGAAGUAAUCGCUGAACAGGAUCUAAAAGUAAAAUCAAUUGCUAAAGGAUUAUCUGUUGGUGAAGGACAAAUAGGAGAAUCAGUUGAUGAAACGAAUCUGAAAGCAGAAAGAGUUUCGAAUCAAAAGAAAGCGGAUAUUGUAGAAGUGAACGAGUCAACUACGAGCGAAAGUUUUAAUUUUGACGGGAGCUCUGCCAAUUCUGAAGAUUCCGAAUCGGAUCACGAGACGGCUCACAAAUCCCCAACAAGGCCUUUAGUUGAAGAGAUGGACCAGAAGUCUGUGCAGAAAUUCCACGCGGAGACGAAGAAACAGAGACCACCUCAAGAUGUGAUCGACAGGGUGUUGCGAGAUCGAUAUUCCAAGACGAACCAGAUAUUCAACGAACCUUCCAAAAUAAUUCCGCUUCCCAGAAAAAGCGGAACUAUUAAUGUGACUUUUUCUGAAAGGGCCUUUCCUACUCCUGCCAGAGAGAGCUCGCAUAUUGAAGAACAGGAAUGGCUCUCCAAGCAAGCGGAAGCUAGAAGGAAGACAGGAUUCGUCGUGGAAGACCUCCGUCCUGAGGAACAAGAUCCCCAGUGGUUGAAGGAUAAGGGCGACGAGUUCUUCAAGACGGGGAACUACUUGGCAGCUAUUAACGCGUACACGCACGGGAUUAAGAUCAGCAAUAAGAUGACGGCGCUCUACGUGAACAGAUCUGCUGCUCACUACGCCCUUGGAAACUACUACAGAUGCAUCGACGAUUGUUCCACGGUGUUGGAAUUGAUGGAGCCAAAGUGCGAGAGUAACAGAGUGUCGCGAGCGAGAUGUCACGCUCGCCGAGGUGCUGCUCUGUGCAAAUUAUCCGCGCCGCAGCAUGGAAUCCCCGAGCUGGAAGCUGCCUUGAAAUUGGAGCCAAAUAACGAAAGCAUCAAACGCGAUCUUCUCGCUGCCAGACGGUACUUUAACAUCAAAGAAUGAGAAAGGAUGGCCAGAUUUCGGUAUUUCAAGCCUCUCUCAGCAGGAAUCAUUUAUUUAAUUAUUUAUUUAUUUAUAGUGUCGAUAAGUCAAUGAACACAAAGUACUUAAAAAUACUAAAAUAAUUAAUGUGUAGAAAUAUUACAAAGUUUUGUAAACUAUUCAUAACAAGAGUGCUUUACUAUUUCUCAACGCGUUAACGCGUUUCAUUCAGUACGAAAGCGAGAGUUUGUUGUAUUACGAGUUUAUUAAAAAAAAAAAAGAAAAAAAAG